AUGGAUCAAUGUAAGCAAUCAAAUGAGCUAGCAAAUAGUAUCAUAUUCAAUAUUAUCCUUUUUAUUAUCAUUAUCAUAUCAAUAAUAGCAAUUAUUCUUGAAAUAUGGGUAAUGUUAAAGACAACAAAUCGUAUUUUACUUCAUCAAAAUACACGAAUUUUAAUUAUUGCACAUCAGCUAUGGCUUAUUUUUCAUUGCAUCACAAGAAUAUUUGGUCAUACUUAUAUAUUGGUGACAUAUCAAAAGAAUGAUGUUGACAAAUGUGGAUAUAUGAUGUUUAUGUGGGAAUGUCUCAUGAUACGAGGACCAAUUACUUUAACAUCAUUUUUAAGUCGAACUUCAUUAUUAAUAAUUGUUAUUGAACGAGCUAUUGCUACACAUUUCUCAUCGAAAUAUGAAAAAUUUGGCAAAAAUAUUGCUAUAAUUUUGAUCAUAGCUCAG